UUUUAACAAUAGACCCACCUCCUAAAAACAAUGGGACUCUCAUUCCCUCUACAGAACAGAGCAAUCUCACUUUUCAGUUUUCAGUACAGACCAGGCUUACACACACUUCCCUACAGAGAGAGCAGUUUCACUUUUCAGUUUUCACCUUUUAAUGAUAAAUGGGUAAACUGGGUUCCAUUUUGAUUACCCAAUCAUACCCUUCUUGUGAAUGCUUUGCCAAGAUACUGUAUUUUUCACCCAAAGGUUAUUGAAGAGGCUGAGGUUUGAUCAAAGUUGGGUUCUCUUUGUCUUUGUCUCUGUCAUCAAAAGCGUCUCUCUUUGAUUCUUCCACGUCUCUACUUGGUGAUGGGUGACUUUGGUGGUAAGUGGGAUGAGGAAUUCUCUACUGUUGGAGACAAAGGAGAAAUUGGGUUUCUUGAUUUUGGGGACGCUCAAUCUGUGUGUAGUUACAACCCAGAUCAAGAGGGUCCUGUUGUUAUUUCUGUCCCAUUUCCUAUGUCAGGUGGAAACCCGCAAUCAAUAGUCGUAGGAGAAACCGCUGCAGAGUCAAUUACCAUCAAGAAUACUACUAGUGAACCAGUGAAUCUCUGGUCUGUUUCAAUUUUUGCCUCAACUCCUGAGAAUUCGUUCAAACUUUCUCUGAUGAAGCCGCCAUCAGGAAAUGAAACUAGCAGAGGCUAUGUAGACUUUUUCACCUUGGAGGACAGGAUGAUUCAGCCAAGAGAGACCUUGACUGUAUGGAUCUCUUGCAAACCAAAGACAAUUGGUUUGCACACUUCAGUUAUGUAUUUUGAUGUUGAGAGUACAAGGAUAGAACGAGUGGUGUUCCUUAUGUGUGAUGAUAACAUAUCACAGUCUUUGGCUUCUAGAAGGCCUUAUUCAAGGGACAGAAGAAAGAAGCAAGUUGUGACUGAUGGUACAUUUGUUAUGGGUGUACGUCCUCCGAAGAAAACGGACAAAGUUUUCAAGAACAGACUUCCUCGAUAUGACAUUCCAAGGGAAGUCAGGGAAUUGCUUGAGAAAAAGCAGAUCCCGAAUGCUGUUGAAGAAGGCCUUUCAAUUGAAAAGUAUACUGACUUCUUCAGGAAUUUAGUAAUCAUGGAAGAAAUACAAUGGGAGGAAGACAUGAGGGGUCAUGACAUGGAAUGUGUAACUAUGAGGAAGAGGGGAGCUCAUUUUUUGUCCCUUGUGGUUCCAGGUCUUGCCGAGAGAAGGCCUUCACUUGUCCAAGGAGAUGAUAUUUUUGCCAGGCUUGCCUCUGAAGAUGAAAAUGAGACUACUUCAUAUCAGGGUUUUAUCCACCGUGUUGAAGCUGAUGAAGUUUACCUGAAGUUUGCUAAAGACUUUCACUUGUGGCAUAGAGAUGGGAAUCUCUAUAAUAUACGGUUCAAAUAUAAUCGAGUCAACAUGAGAAGGUUAUAUCAAGCCAUUGAAGCUGCAGCAAGGUUAGAGAUAGAGUUCCUAUUUCCAUCUGAGGCCCCUAACAUGAGGCUGAUUGAAACCACUCCACUGGUGCCUAUAUCAUGUCAUCUUAAUCCUGAGCAGAUGUGUGCAGUUGAGAUGAUCCUUGGCUGCAAAGGAGCACCGCCUUAUGUGAUUCAUGGGCCUCCAGGUACUGGUAAGACUAUGACUUUAGUGGAAGCAAUCCUCCAGCUCUACACAACUCGAAAGAAUGCUCGGAUUCUUGUGUGUGCCCCUUCAAAUAGUGCAGCAGACCACAUUCUAGAGAAGCUCCUCAGUGAAAAGGCUGUAAAGGUUCACGAUAAUGAAAUAUUCAGGCUCAAUGCACCUAGCCGUACUUAUGAGGAUGUAACACCUAAUAUUAUCCGCUUUUGCUUCUUUGAUGAGCAUAUCUUCAAGUGUCCUCCACCGAAUGCCCUCAUGCGAUAUAGGAUCGUCAUAUCGACUUAUAUGAGUGCCUCUCUUCUUUAUGCAGAAGAUGUCAAGCGAGGCCACUUCUCUCAUAUUUUCUUGGAUGAGGCUGGCCAAGCUUCAGAGCCAGAAACCAUGAUUCCUAUAGCCAGUCUUUGUCAAAGAAAGACAGUUGUUGUUCUUGCUGGAGACCCCAUGCAGUUAGGUCCAGUAAUAUACUCUAAAGAGGCAGAAACUUAUGGAUUGGGGAAAUCUUACUUGGAAAGAUUGUCUGAAUCUGACAUUUACUAUAAUGGGGAGGAAAAUUAUGUUACAAAAUUGGUGCGGAACUACAGGUGUCACCCAGAAAUUCUUUAUCUCCCUUCAAUGCUGUUCUAUAAUAGCGAAUUAAUUGCAUGUAAAGAUGACGAAAGUGCCUUCUUGGAUGGGGUGAAUCUCCUUCCUAACAGGGAUUUUCCUGUUCUUUUCUUUGGUAUCCAAGGUUGUGAUGAGAGGGAAGGAAAUAAUCCAUCAUGGUUUAACCGAAUCGAGGCAAGCAAGGUAGUAGAGGUCAUCAGGCGACUGACUGCUACUGGAAAUCUGAGUGAGGAAGAUAUUGGGGUGAUAACACCUUAUCGGCAGCAAGUGCUAAAACUCAAGAACACCCUUGAAAGUUUGGAUAUGACAGAUAUCAAGGUUGGAAGUGUUGAACAAUUUCAAGGUCAAGAGAAGAAAGUAAUUAUUAUAUCUACUGUCCGUUCAACAAUCAAACACAAUGAAUUUGACCGAACGUAUUGUUUGGGAUUUUUGAGCAAUCCAAGAAGGUUUAAUGUGGCUGUAACCCGCGCCAUAUCCUUGUUGGUCAUAAUCGGGAAUCCACACAUCAUCAACAAGGACCCCCACUGGAACAUGCUUUUAUGGCAUUGUGCAGACAACCACUCAUAUCAGGGUUGUACUCUCCCGGAAAAGGAGGAGUUUGUUGAUGAGGAUCCCACACAGGAAAAUUACUUGAACAAUGAUGAAGAAAACCCUCUACCCUCUAAAGAAGUUGAAUGCGAUCAAGAGUCUUGGCAAGAAGAAUAUCCUAAACCUAAUAAGGAUGAAGAUGAAUGGUCUGAUGGUUGGAAGGAUUAAUUUUCUUGACAUCUAGGGACAUGAGGAAACUGGCAUGUACUUUUGCUAUUUAUGUCUUCACAGAAGAAGUGGUAUAUCUAUCAUACAAUCAAACUUCGGUUACAUAUAUCCUGCUUUCUGUAUGCCAAGAAACUAUGAUCCACAUGCAGUUGAAUGUUGAAGCGGGAUCCAUGUCACAUUGUCCUAUUAAGACGGCAUUUAGUUGGGAUUUGCAUGUCAUUUAAGUCUAUAUAGUGAAUGAAACUUUACAAUCUUUGCCAUAAAGCAUUCCAGACGUUUACCAAGCUGUAAUUGAGAAAGGAAAAAGAAAAAUAGUUUGUGAAUAUUAUUUGUUUGGGGAAUUACAACACAAUGGUUUGUGGUUAAA